AUGGUUAAUCCUAAUCCUCUCCUCGUCCAACUUGGCAGCCGUAACCACCACCAGCAAGAGCCGAGCUCGGCAGCUGCGCGUGAGUUGCCAAAUGCAGCGGUUGCCCCCGUCGAAGUGGACCCUAUCGCCUCCUCUGCGCCGUCACUCUCGCCCAGAUUCCGUGCGAAUGGCAGCGCCCGGGGACCCCAGAUUCCAGAUUCCGCACGAGAAGGCCCGCCGUAG